AUGCGUCCCCCGAUGCGAUCCAGCAUUGCUUGUACGCGAUGCCGGAAGAGUAAAAUAAAAUGUGAGAAUAUUAACGGCGUCAGCCCUUGCGAGGGUUGUAUCAAGACGGGAAAGCAUUGUGUCUUCUCACCGCCCGAAACCGCACCACCGAAAAGAGCUGAACCACCUACCGGUGCUAGACAAGAACGAGACGGAGGAUCUGAUAGGAAAAAGCUUAAAAAGAUAGACGAAAUAUCGAAAGGUGAUAAUCAAAAAGCGAAUGUUUACGCCGAAGAGGUUCUUUCCGCACCUUUCUUAACUGAAGACCUAUGGGAGCAAGUACUAGAUCUCUAUAAAUUGCAUUUUGCCCCCGAGCUUCCCUUUUUACAUUUACCGACGAUGAAGGAGAAAUUGGGGCGCAAGUUCAAGAAUCCGCAGCCAGAGAGUAACCCGGAGUUAAAUUUGGUACUACUUGGCGUCCUUACUCUUACCGCUCGUUUUCACCCAGACCUCGUCAAAUACCUCGCCCAUAUCUGCAGUAAUCAGCCCGGAAACGCCAGGAGUAGGCCGGUUCAGACGCCUCUUGAUCCCACUGCAGCAUCUGAAUAUUAUGCCGACGUUCUUACCAUGGCCUUGGGUCCGAUACGAACGGCGAUGAAAACCGCUUCCAUCGAGAGGGUGGCCGCCUUGCUUAUGUUGGGAUUAUACGACUGGAGUCAAACGCAGCCUAGUGCAGGAGGGCUCGGUGCCUGGAUGUACGUCGGCCUUGCCAUUAGAAUGGCGCAGUAUUUAAGGCUUGGGUUUAAUGAUUUUCCCGAUUCAGGAGAUGUUCGACCUGGAUCUAUCGAAUUCCAGCGAAAGUCCCAGAUUGCGUUAAGGAAAGAAAUUUCGAGACGGACAAUGUUCAGCUGCUUCAUUCUGGAUCGUAUGCUUUCUUGCGGCAAAGAACGGGUGUCCAUGAUACAAUCGGAGGAUAUACGAAUUCAACUUCCAUGCUCUGAGGAUAAAUUUGAUUUAGCGAUGGAAGUCCCCACGGGCUUCCUCAAAGAUAAAGGACGACAUGGUAUGUACGACAGUGUGCUCGCUCGGUUCAUUCAGUUGGUGGACAUAUGGGGAGAGAUUUCGAAAUUUAGUUCGUCGGGCGGUCGCCUCAACCCAAAGGAAAAGGAGCACCCGCCAUGGACCAAAGAGAGCACUUAUUAUAAGCUUUCUCAGAAACUUGACGAGUUCGAUGCGGAACUUCCGGACACUUUUACGUUUUCGCGGUCCAACUACUUCAAGCAUGAGAACCACCAGGCAUCCAGCGUGUACGUGCUGUUGCACAUGCUCAGGUGUCUCUGCUUAAUCAUGCUGAACCGAGAAUAUAUUCCCUUCGUACCUAUCCGGUGCAACAAGCCAGUUGGGCCUCUCGACAGUCCAAUCUUUCACGAGGAAAAGUUCGGGUUGCCUCCUAAAGAGUUUUGGAUAGACAGUGCGAUACAGGUAUUUAAAGCGGCCCGUGGGAUUAUUGACCUAAUUGAAAUAUGCCAGAGGAAGGACAAGUUGCCCCAAUCAACCAUAGUCCUCUUCGCAAUCUGGACCGCCUCUUUUGUAGGGUUAUACGCCGAACACUUCCCUCAUAUGGACACCGAAAAACAUAUGUUGGAGUACGACUUUAAAGAUCCGCGGCAGCCCGAAUCUACUACGCCCGAAGUAUGCAGGCGAGGGUCGGUGGCGUUCGCGUUCGUGACGCUUCAGAAGAUGUCCACGUGGCUCAAGAUGGCAUCUACGUACGUGAGGGUUUUGCGGCAGAUGGACAAGUAUUUCGAGAAUAUCAAAGAGGAUUUUCAUAAGUUCUCGGUGAAGAACCGCGGAAGCGGGGAAACAUCGACCAGGCUUCGCGAAGGCGGUCGCGGCGCAGCGCUCGAAGAGUACCAGGGUAUGUCGGGGAAGCUGAAGGACUUUGGGUUCGUCCGGAGGGAGGCUGAGAAUAUCGAGAGCCCGCACCGGAAAUCGCCCGGUGCGGAGGCUCCGGAUACAUCGUCUGCCAUGAGUAAAACACCGAAAACUGCUCCGCCCGGAUCUUUUACGGCUAUUAAUCACGCUCCAGCAAUGCCACCGCCGGACGCCGGACGAGCAUUCACCAACGAGGCGGGCUAUCCGACGCCUCACCCCGAGGUGUACUCCGUCCCCUGGCAAAACCACAACAGCCCGUCUCAGCUACAGCCGCAGCAACUACCGCCGCACGCGUACGCCACGUCGGAGGAACCGUCAGAUACCACGACCAUCACUCCCGAGAUUCACGAUCGGGACUUCUGGGACACGUUCAAAAAGGAAGAGCCGCGCCGUAUCGGCACGCUGGGGGACCUCGGCUUCUUCUCGAGCGGGCAUUCCCAGCUCCCCGAGGACGACAUGCCGUUCGGAGACUGGACGUAUACGCACCCCCUGGCGGAUCCGUCUUUCCAAUAUCUACAGCAGAUGGCGGACCUUUGA